AUGCAGCUGCCAGUACUUGGAUUGGUUCUUAUGACGGUUGCGACCGCUAAAAGCAGCAACUACACCGAAGUGACAAUGCUGGUUGACACCACUGACCGCCAAAGUUAUAAUAAUGAAGCCCUAAAUAACAUCAAAUCUCACAGCAAUGAUAAUUCCAAUAGCAGGAACAUAAUUGCGAACAACCACAAAAGCGAUGAGAACGAUGAACUCAGCAUGAAAAACAAUGCAAUCACUAAUUAUCACCUGCAUCACACAAACAACAAUAACAACAACAGCGCAGUUGCAUUUGACAACAGUAGCGAUUUUGACACAAUGGCCAUUAGUUCGAGAAAAACCAACAACAAUAAUCCAUCAUUGUCAAAAUCAGCUGCUGGCAAAUACGCAACACUGCCACGCCAUCAAAGGUCAAUCGCAGCGGUGGCCAAACAGAGGGGAUUAUUACAGCAGGUGACGGAUGGUGAGCGCAUCUUGCGGCGUGGCAAACGGUAUUUGCAAUUUGCCAAAGGCUCGCGUGUCUCGUGGCGUACAACUGGCAAAAAUAAUAUUUUGAAGGUGAAUACCCUCUGGGGUUAUGGUUAUGGAUUUCGCGCCAAUUUCCCCUUUCCUGGUCCUGAGGAGUCGCGGCGUCCCUUCUUCAAGCGUGAUGUAUUACAUUCACUUGCAGAUGUCCUGGACGGACAUGGCUUGGAUGGCCGAGCUUGCAUCCUGAAGUCUUAUUGUACGGCCGCUAUAGAUGUGGACUCAAAUAUUAGCGCUGGCAUGCUUUUCAAAAUGCUGAAACUAAUUUUUACGUAA